ACAGUGAACUCUGAAAUUUCUGGAAUCUCUAGGAAUUGCACUAGUUAAUAACUUGUUUGCAUGAUCACCAAAUGUCAUAUCAAACUCUGCAUCCACAAGCAUCACCAGCAGUGUCUGUCUGUGAUGAUGACGACACAGCUUCCUGUUUUUCUCUUGUAGAAAUGUGACCUUACCAUAUUGUCGCAGAGCAGUCUGUAUCAGGCUUAAAGCUGAUCUCAGCACUGCAGGACCCGUUUAGAUUCCAUGUUGGCAGUUUUGUGCUAUAUUCCUUAAAAAUGGUAUUAUCAAGACUUAUUGUACUAUUGCAAGACCACCCAUGGCGUAGCUUUGGGAUGAUCAACCUUGUUCUUGUUGUUUUAGAAAAAUUCGUUGAGCAAGACUUCGUGUGCCCUUGUGGAUGUAAAUUUGCUACCGCAUUUUUCCUUUUUUACUUGAUGAUACCUCUGAUUCUUGCCAUUGCCUUUGGCGUUUACUUGUGGAAGUCCAACAUCUGGUCUGAUUCUGGAACUCCACAGCAUCAGAAUUGUUCCAAAUGCGGUUAUACAUGCUGCGCGAAAUUUCUGACCUGUACAGUUCCACUUGUUGUUUGGCUGGUCUUGUUCUUUGGUGAUGGCAAAUAUUUGGCCUGUGUAAAAAUAUUGUGCGAGUGUGACUCAACAACGACUUCCAGGGAGAAAUUUACAAUUUACGUAUCUAAGAUUACAGCUUUGGGUGUCAUUGCCUUCAUCCUGAUUGUAGCAGUGAUUGAUCGUUGCUGUGGCAGAUGCUGUGCCAGAUGCUGGGUUGGAUCCUGUUGUGGAUGCUGUGAUGAAUUCUUUGAAGAAUGUAUAGCCAGCAGGACAGAAACAUCUUCAGUGUACAGAGUACGCUGUGCGGUAAAGCGCACUGUGCAGCGCGCGAGUACAUAUCACUUUUCCGGAAACUCUGUAAGAGUCACGGAGAGAGAAGAUGUGGCUCUGUGUUCCGUCUCUGAUGGUACUACAGUUUAUCGGAUUACUCUUAAAGGGGAUCAGAUCUCUAAGCUACAGGAGGGAAAGACUUACAUUAUAGAAAACGCCACAGUGAAGGAGGACCAUCCAGUCUCUGAAAUGAUCCUGGGAAAUGAAACAGAAGUGCUCCGGAUGGAUCCACUGCAGCUGGAUGAGAAAUUAAUUUGUAAAGUGAAAGAGAGCAUCAGUCCUUCUUCAGAGAGAGCAGCUCUGAAUGAUCCAGGACUUUACCUGAAAAAGGGCUACAUAACCCUGACAGGAAAAGUUGUUUCACCGAGCGCUCCCCGGCUGAUUCAGGGAAUCCCUGUGAGAGAUAUUGUGAUUGAGGAGGCUGGUGUCAGGGUGACAGUGUUACUCCAGAAGGAGGCAGCAACCGAGCCACUUAUGGCAGGCCAGGAGAUCAAGAUCACUCACGUCAAAGUGGGCAACACACAGGAAAAGAAGUUAAACUCCUCUGACUACACAGUUAUUUCUCGGAGUGCUCAGACCCCUGCCGAACCCAACCCGAACCCCGCUCCCAACCCCGAUGCUCAAGACGAUGAACAUGCUGUUUAAGUGGUAAAUGGUGUGCAGCUCGAAGACAUUCCUUCCAACCAAUAACUUUGGGAUUAUUUUAGCUUCUUUCAGCCAUUACUGUUAAUGUUUUUGUUCUGUCCUGUCACUGAUUCAAUUCUCUCCACUGUUACUCAUUCAAUUUUCUAUUCUGCUACUGAUUCAGUUUUCUGUUCUGUUACUGAUUCAGCGAUUCAGUUAAUUUCUCUGUCACUGAUUUUAGUUCCCUGCAUCACUGAAUCAGUUUCCUCCUCCGUCAAUGAUUCAGUUCAUUCCUCCAUCACUGAUUCAGUUUCCUGCUUUGUUACUGAUUCAGUUCAUUCCUAUAGGACUAUAUAAUGGAUCAUUUUUGAAUGCAACUACUCGUGAAACCCAUCUGCAUAGUUUUGGGCCUUAGAGUAAACACUGGUGUUCAUGUCUGCAGCUCUCAUGUUGCUGAAAGUGAUGUUUAUAAGACUUUCUGGUUGAUUCAUGCCCAAACUUGGUGCUGUACACCAUCAUCUUCAGGGGCAGUCGUGGGCUGGAGGUUAGUGAACCAGCCCUGUGACCGGAAGGUCACCGGUUCGAUCCCCUCAGC